CAACAGUGGAGCGUCUUUGAUCACAGCGAGAAAUGCGAUAUGGCAGUGAUGACAGACUCUACGUCCCGUCCAGAAUUCGAACUCACAACAAACACAGCGCUGAGUGACUUUCCAAACGUGGAGGCUAAACGCGAAGAGCAAAGGAACUGUUUAAAACAGGUAGUCGGCAGGAUAGAUGUCUUCGCAAUUUCACCGACUGGCUUUGGAAAAAGACUUAUUUUCCAGCUUUGUCCUCGAAUAAAGCGUACAUUGGAAGGAAGGCAGGAUAGAAUGCCAUUUAUGAUUGCUGUGGUAACUCCGUUGUUUGCCAUCAUGAAAGACCAAGUGGAAUUUUUGAACAAAAUCGGAGUAGCGGCGGCAAUGAUGGGGGAAGAUGUGGAUGAAGCCGUUAAAAGUGGAAGCUUUGAAAUUGUAUGAUCCUUAAAAAUUCACUCAAAGGCGUACUGCAGUCACAAAUCGUGGCUGUCUAAGGAAUGGACAAAAGGACUUCAAAAGGAAAGCUUGGAAAGCAAGUUGCAGCUAUCGCUAU